CUGAAAAUCAAAUGCGACAAGUUAGUAUCCACUCGUGGAUUUCGUCCCGUCUCUGUUCGCGAACUCAACGUUUGGUUUAGACAGCUCUCUAGCACCAAGGGAUCGAGAUACGUGCUGGCAUCCGCUGAAGAGUCCUGGGCCCGUAUACAGGCGCUCUGUGUACGCGUACAGGACCUAGAGUAUGCUCUAGAUAAGGCUCAUGCUCUCGUCACAAACGCUUCGCAUCCGCUCCUUGACGUGGAGCUCAAAAAGAUUGGCCAGGACCCGCGGGCGGUGAUCAAGGGCAAUAGCAGUAACGCUACAUCGA